CUCCCUCCCCCAGCAGAUAAAAACCUAAAGGAAGCGAUGCCAAAAAGAUCUCAGGUUGAAGAAUAUCUUCUGCGGCUGGCUUUUGUUUUAGUUAGUUUCCACGACUAUCUCUUUGUUUCUCCCGUCUUAUCUUUCUUCGUGUUCUCUGCUUAGUGUGUGCGUAUAAAAGAAACCCCUGGUUGGUUCACCAUGGCCACCGCCCUAAACAAGGCCUUUCGCUUCGUCUUCUCGACCAUUUCGUACUGUUUAUUCUUUCGCUAUCCGAGCGAACAUAGAGACAUCCACCACCACCACCACCCCCACCGCCACCACCUCCACCACCACCACCACCUCAAGUACACGAUGCCUAAAGGAAAGCCUCUCUCUUUGCAGACUGUGGAGCUCAAAGUCAGGAUGUGUUGCACUGGCUGCGAGAGAGUCGUCAAAAACGCCAUUUACAAGCUCAGAGGGGUCGACUCGGUGGAAGUGGACUUGGAGAUGGAAAAGGUGACGGCGGUCGGAUACGUCGAUCGGAACAAGGUGUUGAAAGCAGUGAGGCGGGCGGGGAAGAGAGCUGAGUUUUGGCCGUACCCCAACCCGCCACUCUACUUCACCUCCUCCGAGGACUACUUCAGGGACACGACCAAGGAGUUUAAAGAGAGCUACAACUACUACCGCCAUGGCUACAACAUCGGCGACAGGCAUGGCAACAUCCCGGUGACUCACCGCGGGGACGACAAAGUCAGCAACAUGUUCAAUGACGACAACGUCAACGCCUGUUGCCUCAUGUAAAACUUAAAAUAACGUGACGACAUAUGAAGAGGGUCUAGAUAAGGGAUGUGUUUGAUUAUGCGAGGGUAAUUGUAAAGAGGAAGUUGUCUUGUGUGAUAUGAGCCUUGGACUGUGUUAAUUUGCCAAUGUCAAAGGCUUUAAUUUCUUUGCUUUAAGGAUGGGUUGUACAGGAAUAUAUUCAAAUGGAAUGGUUCCCAAGCUUAG